AUGGCAUUUACUCCAAGAGGAGGACGUGGAGGAGGCGACCGUGGAGGUAGAGGUGGAUUUUCUAGAGGCGGAGGUGAUAGAGGUGGACGAGGAGGGUCCUCGAGGGGAAGAGGGGGAGGUCGCGGUGAUAGCAGAGGCGGUAGUCGUGGCAGAGGCGCACCACGAGGACGCGGUGGCGGUGGUGCAAGAGGACGCGGCGGUGGUGGUGCAAGAGGAGGUGCAAAAACAAUUGUGGAACCUCAUCGCCACCCAGGUAUCUUCGUCGCGCGUGGUAAAGAAGAUAUGUUGGUCACUAAGAACCUCUCUCCUGGCGAGUCAGUCUAUGGAGAAAAACGUAUAAGUGUCGAAAACAGUGGCCCUACCAACGAAGAUGGUACCCCUUCAACAACCAAAACAGAAUAUCGCGUUUGGAAUCCAUUUCGCAGUAAGCUUGCAGCAGGUGUUCUUGGCGGCCUUGACGAAAUAUUUAUUAAACCUGGUGCCAAAGUUCUAUAUCUUGGUUCUGCCUCCGGUACCUCUGUAUCCCAUGUAGCGGAUAUUGUUGGAACCACAGGAACCGUUUUUGCCGUUGAGUUUUCCCACCGCUCUGGCCGAGACUUAAUCAACAUGGCUACCCAUCGAACGAAUGUUAUUCCAAUUAUCGAAGACGCACGUCAUCCGCUCAGAUAUAGAAUGUUGGUCUCGAUGGUUGACGUUAUAUUCGCAGAUGUAGCUCAACCCGACCAAGCUCGUAUUGUUGGCUUGAACGCUCACUUAUUUCUAAAAGUUGGAGGUGGUAUUGUAGUCUCUAUUAAAGCCAACUGUAUCGAUAGUACUGCAGCACCAGAGGCUGUUUUUGCACGGGAGGUUCAGAAAUUGAGGGAGGAGAGAAUAAAACCUUUAGAACAGCUUACUCUUGAACCCUUUGAACGAGAUCAUUGUAUUGUUGUCGGUCGUUAUGUUCGCUCUAGCGCUCAAUAG